AUGUUCCGCAGAAUCCACAUCAUUCUGGUGUUAUUACCCACAGCAACCAGAGCCCUGUGUCCUCCGGACUAUACGCGGUUGUCAGCGGACGUGUGUACAAUUCAACUCAAUGAAUCUCGCCAUUUCUGUGAUGCAUGUAACUUGUGUUCUAACUAUGGGAAACAACACAAUCAACUGGUUUUCCUCCAUGGAAGGAAUGUGAAUUUGGUCAAGACUAUUCUCCAACCCGGCUCUAGAGCUUGGAACGGAAUGCAUGGGUUUUUGGGGAUACCCGAAUUUAAAUCAGUCGCAGGAUGGCGCGAUUUGGAUCCUAAAACGCCAGAAAUUACUUCGGCACCCGAUCUAUUCAAAUGGGCAGUCAAUCAGCCUGACGGCAAUCAACCUAAUCUGGCAUAUCAUAAGAAAUAUGACGCGAUGUACGACAUUCAUUCUGGUCCAGCAAAUUAUGUGCGAGAAGUCCAUUGCGAAUGCGCUCUGGAUUCCACCUGCCGUUCAAUCUACUAA